AUGGCAGACAAUUCCUUGACACCUAAUCUAUUGGAAAGCUUUGACCGGCUUAGUCUGAACCAACUCUCCAAGAGCUCACCUUCUCGUCUCCCCCCUUUCCAACUCAAGAGGUCUCGCAGCCAACAAGGACCCGUACCUCCGUUGCCGGGAAACUCAAAUGAUCAUCCUCCGUCAUCCAAGCAAAAUAAUAAUGGCAAUAAUAGUAAACCAUCGAAUCUAUCGCAUGUGCCUUGCAAGUUCUUUAAACAAGGGACCUGUACAGCUGGCGCCAACUGCAUAUUUUCACACAACCCUGACCCGACAUCGGAAUCGGCUGUUUGCAAGUACUACCUGAAAGGCAACUGCAAGUUUGGAUCCAAGUGUGCUUUACUUCACACCAUGUCGGCUUAUGCUCCUGAUGGUCGUAAAUUAUUACGUGGUCCCUCGGCUGCUGCUGCUGUUGCUCGCUCGCCACCUGUAGGGAGCCCGCUUGAUUUUGGUCCUCACAUGUAUUCACCUGCACGUGCAACAACAUCCAGCAAUACCAACCCUAUCAGCACUUCCACUUCUUCUACCACCACAACGCAUGGCUUCCACCACCACCACCACCAUCAUCAUCAUCAGCAGCAGCAGCAGCACCAUCAAUUAUCGAGUAGUGCGGAUGCAAGACCAUACAUGAUGAAUGGGGGUAAUGGCAUGUCACCCGAUAGCUAUCAUCAACAACGCUCCUUGUUUUUGCAUCCGUCAUCCACCUCAAUGCUUUCAUCCUCCUUAUCCCGCCUGCACAGUAUCCCCGAGUCUUCUGGUCAAUAUUAUGGCUAUGGUUCAUUGACAGCCGCAGCAGCUGCAGCUCCUUCUUCCACACCCACAGGUGGUUUCGCUGAUUAUUACGAUGAUAAUGAUCUCAACGAUGCCAUGUUACCAUCCUCCUUGAAUGAAUUGUUGACGCCAACAGAGCUACAAAUGCGUCGAGCACGAGAACAACAUCACUUGCACUCACCAUCAAUGCGCUCUCCUCUUGAUUGGCCAUCACAACAACAACAACAACAACAACCAACACGGCUGACAAAUCGAUCUGAUUAUUUCACCGAUGAAGAACCUUCUGCCAUCAACAUCCCAGGUACCAGUCGUCAUCAUCACAUCCGAUCCAAUAUCGGUACAGGAACAGGGUUCUUUGAUGAAACCCGUAGCAGCAGCACGAAUAACAAUCGGCUUUUCGAUAACGAUUCCUUUUCCCCAUUCAUGGAUGACGAGGGUCCAUUCGUUAUGGAAGAUACAGGUCCAAUUCCACCUAUAACAACGGCUACAACAUCCAAUAAUUCCAUCACUGCAAGAUCGUCGUCAUCAUCGUCGUCGCAGCAGCAACAACCUGGUGAUCGUCGCCUGACACCUUUUGAGUUUCCUUCAUUGAUCAGUAUUCCAAAAUCAUCUUAA